AUGAGUGGUUCCAAAUCGAAUUCAGAUCGAGAUCGUCAAAAUACAUGUAGUGAGCGUACCCAAUCAGGGCACUCAAGUCGUUCUCCGAAAGAUUUUUCACCAAGAAUAACUAUAGAACCACCUAGCGAUCUACUUGAAAUAACAAUUCACAGUGUGAUGGAAGGCGUAACGGCGGCAAGAAUACUUGUCCCAGCAUUAUGUCGAGUCUCCGAAUUGAAAAGUAUUGUUUCUGACGCAACAGAUAUUUCGGUAGACAAACAGAUUCUAUUGUAUAACAAUGUCGAACUCAAGAACGAUAAUGCGCCAAUCCGCAGUUAUGGAAUAAAUAAAGACUGUAGUUUAACGAUGAACGUAAAAAUGAGCACCGGCUCGAAAAUCUCGAGAGAUAAUGGUAUGAACAUGAACAUGUUGUUUCUACCGAUGGUGAUGCAUCAAAGUCCUAUGCCGACAUUGCGAAAUACAAUCAAAACAAUGACAACACUUCGAGGUAGACCAAUGAUGUAUUCACGCAAGUUUGAAUUGCCCAAGUAUGACCAUAAUACAGAAUGGUCCCCAGCGAAGCAGAUGGAACAUGAACUCACGAGAAAUAAGAUGAGAAGACUCCUUCGCAAACUUCGACAAAAAAAGACUCGUCUUUUGUCAGACACAGAUUUGUCUUCACCUGAUAAUUCGAGUUCCGCGCCAUCUUCUGCCGCAAACUCUCCAAAUGUCCGUUCUAGAUCGCCAGUAAAAAUCUAUGAGCCAGAUAAUUAUUUGACAGAUAAGCGUAUAAAGAACUUUUUCGAGCCACCAGAAUCCGUCGAAGAGUUGAUGUUGAUUCAAUCACCAAUGUCACUGCCUCCGUCAAGUAUGGAAGAACUAAUGAAAAUCAAAGAAGCUCGCAGAGAAUCAUCCAAAACGGCCUGCCAGUUUUGUCAUCGCAAGCUCGGACUGACAGAGCAACAUAUACGUUGUCUAUGCAAUGGGAUGUUUUGUAAGAAACAUCGUCGACCGGCAGCUCAUAAUUGCUGCAUUGAUUACAAACAGACAGGAAGGAGUAAAAUCGUAAAAGAGAACCCGAGAUUACUAGAAGGUGGUGUUCACAAAGCAAGAGAAGAGUAGACAGUUGAAAAAGUUCCAAAACCAACUUGCUCUCAUGUAGUACCAUUAAAGAUUGAC